UGGGUAAAAUGAUCACUACUCAUUUCAGAUCUCCAUCUUGCUGCUGAGCUUGGAAAGACGCUGUUGGACCGGAACACUGAGCUGGAAACAUCUCUGCAGCAGAUGUAUUCGACCAAUCAAGAGCAGUUGCAGGAAAUAGAGUAUCUUACAAAACAGGUGGAACUUCUGCGUCAGAUGAAUGACCAACAUGCCAAAGUUUAUGAGCAGCUUGAUGUUACUGCCAGGGAACUAGAAGACGCUAAUCAAAAACUGGUUGCCGAUAGUAGAGGCGCACAGCAAAAGAUAAUAAGCCUAACUGAGACAAUUGAAAGCCUUCAAACACACAUCGAUGACCUCCAGAGGCAAGUGGAAGAGUUGAAGAAUUCUGGGCAAGGUCUCGUGAGCCGGGAAAGGCCGGAGCAGCCGAGAUCAGUUCACAGUUUUCCGUGUCUAAAGGAACUGUAUGACCUUCGCAAGUAUUUCGUUUACGAUCAUAUCUUUGCGGAAAAAAUUACUUCGAUGGACAGCCAGCCGAGUCCUCUGGAGGAAGAGAACCAGAACCUGAAAAAGGCCGUUACGCUCUUGCAAGCUCAGCUGAAUUUGGAAAAAGAGAAGCGGAUGACCAUAGAGGAAGAGUACAGCCUCAUGUUCAAGGAGAAUUGUGAUCUCGAGCAGAGGCUGGUGGAUGUCGACCUGUACCGUGCCAGAGCUGAAGAGCUGGAGGUCGAAGUGGCAGAAAUGAAGCAGAUCUUUCAGUCCGAAAACACCUUUGUGAAUGGGGUGGAAAAGCUCGUUCCGGAGUCCUUUUUCAUUUCCUUUAAAGACUCUUUAGAAAGAGAGCUGAGCCCGAGCCCUUCCGAGGGGCUGCCUUUAACUCUUCUGGAACCGGACAAACGGGCUCUCAAGAGGAGCAGCAGCGAGACCCUCCUGGCCAGUGGCGCGGGUGGGGACCUCCUCAAAGGCCACGAAGAGACCUGUAUUCGGCGGGCAGAAGCCGUGAAGCAAAGGGGCAUCUCUCUGCUCAAUGAGGUGGACGCACAGUACAAUGCCCUGAAAGUCAAGUAUGAAGAACUGCUGAAGAAGUGUCAAAUAGAUGAAGGGUCUUUGAAACAUAAGGCGGUGCAGACCUCAAAACAGUAUUCCAAAGAUGUAAGUGUGGGAAAUGUCGUAUUGGACACAUGUACUAGAACGCCUGAGCCCACAAGUAGUUCGAGUAGUCCACCUGAAUACAAACUGCUCUUUAAAGAAAUCUUCAGCUGUAUCAAGAAAACUAAACAGGAAAUAGAUGAACACCGGGCAAAAUAUAAAUCUUUCCCUUCUCAGCCUUAACGCUUCCUUCCCUUCUACUCUUUCUGUCUUCCUUCCUCCCUUUCCUUUUCUUUCCCAUCUUCUUUUUCUUUUCUUCCUUUCUUCUUUCCUUUCCUCUUUUUUCUUCCUUUUCCUUCCUUUCCUUUCCCUUCCUUCCUUCCCCUUCCUUCUUUUCCUUUUCUUCCUUUC